AUGAACCGACCACCAAGGAACUCAGCAGGCAGGAGGGCCUCUGAGCUUCAGCGUCAGGCGGAGUUCCGGUGGCAGUGCUGGACGUCAUUCACCACCGACAGGAAGGGGGUCACCCUCCCAUACUCGCCCGAGGGGGUGUGGAUCCUUCAAAACUAUGCCCGGCUAUGGGAGGGUAUAUCCCAGGGAGAGCCGCAGGUUUUCCCCUCGAUGUCAGCCCAGCUGCCAGCUAUCCCAGAGGGUCGUGUCCUGGCCGUGGCAACCCUGGGGGAUCAGGCAAGUCCCCCCCAGAGUCCUGAGGCGCCUUUCACAGCCUGCAGUCUCCCCAUGAAGCGAGGGAGACAAUUGUCGUGGGAGUCAGCCUCGGAGGCGUCGGCGUCAGAGUCUGCCCUGCCUAAGACCGAACUCCCCCAACCCGUCUCUGAUCCAGCUGUGGCCUCUGCACCGCGGCCAAGGAGGAAGAGGAAGAAGAAGGGGUCUUCCGGUCCUGCGACUUUGUCUCCUCCUGCAGCGGAGAGCGCUGGCGUGCCCGUGCCAGCAGCGGUGAGCGCUGGCGUGCCCGUGCCAGCAGCGGAGAGCGCUGGCGUGCCCCAGCCAGCAGCGGAGAGCGCUGGCGUGCCCGUGCCAGCAGCGGUGAGCGCUGGCGUGCCCGAGCCGGCAAAGAAGAAGGCUGUAUUCAAGUCGGCAGUCGUGAGAGCGGAGGAGAGAGCCGCGGCCGACUCUGCAGCAGAAACUCUAGUACAGUCUGUCUCAUCUCGUAAGGAGAUGCCAGUUAUCCUAGCUGCUAAAGCCUUCUCAGAUUAUUUGUCUCGUCUUGUCCAGAUCCUAGAAGUCCCCGUCAGUCCUGUCUUGUCCCCAGACCCUGUCCCCAGAAGUCUCGAGUGUCCAGCCGUUGUCUCCCCGUGUCCUGUUAUCCCCCCGUGUCCCGUAGAUGUUGUCUCCCCGAGCCCAGUAGAUGUCCUCUCCCCGUGUCCCGUGAGUGUUGCCCCGUGUCCCGUGAGUGUUGCCCCGUGUCCAGCUGAUGUUGCCCCGUGUCCCGUAGAUGUCCCGUGUCCUGUUGUCUCCCCGUGUCCAGUAGAUGUUGUCCCCCCGUGUCCAGCUGUCGUCUCCCCGCGUCCCGUAAGUGUUGCCCCGCGUCCCGUGUCUGCUCCUGUCAUGUCCUCUGUCAGUUGUCCCGAGACCCCUCCCCACCCCUCACCACCCAGACCUGCCCGUACCCCCCGUCGUCAGCCUUCGUCCUGUCCUCCUAAGAUCCCUACCCCUCCCACCCACCCUGGUCUGUCCCCCAUGAACUUUGUGCUCCCGCCUCCUCACCUUCCCUGUUUGUUUUUUUUGAUUUGCCACCCUAACCCGGCCAUUGUGUAUUCAUGUUUGCCGUUGUUAUUGUUUGUCAUGUCUUGUUGGUUUGUGUCUGUGUCCCAGUCUGUCAUGUCCCGUGUUUGAUGUUCCCUUGAGGAGCGUCUGGAAGCCGCUCCUUAAGGGAGGGGUUCUGUCAUGAUUCUGCCCUCGUGUCCUUGAUUUUCCCUAGUCUUGAGGCAGGAUCAUGGCAGACCCGUGUUUUGUGUUCAAGCACAUGGCCUUGUCUUUGGGCCAUGUGCUUGUGUUGUCUCGUUCCCUUGCCCUGCCCCCCUUGUUAUCCUAGUCUUGUCGUGAUUGUCCUAUCUGUGUCACCUGUCGUGUCUUAAUUGUUCCCCCUAUUUAGAUCUCCUAGUGUGCUCUGUCUUGCGUCGGUUCAUUGUGAUUGUUCCACUCUGUGAUUGUUCAACUUAUGUGUUCCUACCUGUCAGCCUCCAGAGAUAUCUUGUCCUUGAAACCCCUCUAAGAAGUCUUUUGUCUUGCAGUGAGUGUUUGUUAGUAGUUAGUGUUCAGAGUCUUUGUUUACCUUGUUUAUUGUGUUUUGUAGAAUUAUUUAGUGUCAACCCUAGCCCUUGUUUUCCCCCUCGUGGGUUUUGUUUUUCCCCUUUUUGUAUACAAUAAAUCCUCUGUGUAACCCGAUUCCUGCCUGCACUUGAGUUCCUCCCUUGCCAACCCUGACAGGUUGCAAGUUCCGUCGUUAAUAACGUAGUUUAACGAUCUGGUUUUUCCCGAAACCAUAGUUUAAAUUGAACAUUCGAAAACUGCAUUGCAUACUUGUGUUGUUGGAAUGACAGCUCUUCACCUGUGGUUUAAAGGCAUAGUUCAUCAUUAGUUUGCUGUGUCGACGUCAUUGAUUGCGCCACACCUUGGCUGUGUACUAUUCAGAGUUAUCGACCCCUAUGCCCUAAUUUCACCAUCCACUUUGUGACUUAAAAGACUUAAAGUUGUGGUUUAAGUUUAUUACCUUAUUCGCCUUCUUUAUUAUUAUUACAGAUUCAGUUUGAAACUAUAUAGCAGCGUGCCCCUUGCAAUUAUUCUCCCUCCGAAGUGCCCCCUGAAAGCAUUAAUCGUGCCAAUUGGAAUGCAGCCAUCGUUUUGUUUGUGCGAAGAAACUGCGAGUUUGUCAAGUGAGUUAUCUUUGUAAAAAUAUUCCAAAAUACAUAUUUCUCAUAUAACAAUAUUGGUAAAACAGUGUUUUAGAGGUUUUCACUUAUAUUAAAUGUUAACACUCAAAUCACAGUAUUUUUAUAGUAAAUGAAUGCGCCCAAAUAAAGUAACAAAAAUGUAUAAAUAAGUGAGUGUUUUGUUGUUUUUACAGAAUUAUAAAAUAGAAUGCUCUCUACAAAUGUGUUUUGUAUAGGGUCGAUAACUCUGAAUAGAACACAGUCCAGGUGCGGCACAAUCAAUGACAAUGAUACAGUAAACUAACAGCGAACUAUGUCUCUAACCACAGGUGAAGAGCUGUCGUUCCAAUGAUACAUGUUUGCGAUGCAGUUUGAGAAGGUUCAUUUGAACUAUGGUUUCAGGAAAAAACUAAUCGUUGAACUAUGUUGGUAACGACGGAUCUUGCGACCAUAGUUGGCUAACGAUGCUUUUGGGAAACGCACCCCAGGUCAGCUUGUUGUUUAGUAGAUAUUUCCUGUUUUAAUGCUCCAAAUACAAAUAAUAAUGACUUAUUUUACU